GCGGACCUCGUACCCUGCGCGCGCACUACAACUCCCAGCGGCGCCCGCGGUCCCGCGCCUGCGCCCUGGCUGCCAGGACGCGGCGAUGGCGGCUGCGGCGGUGGCGGCCCCAGAGGUCCUUCGGGAAUGUGGUUGCAAGGGUAUCCGGACCUGUCUAAUCUGCGAGCGGCAGCGCGGAGGUGACCAGCCCUGGCAGCACCAGAAAACACACCGGUUCAUUUACUACGCCGACACCGGCUGGGCUGUGGGGGCCGAGGAGUCCGACUUUGAAGGCUGGGCCUUCCCCUUCCCAGGCGUGACACUGAUCGAGGACUUUGUGACCCCGGCGGAAGAAGCUGAGAUGGUACAGCUGAUGGACCGCGACCCCUGGAAGCUCUCACAGUCCGGGCGGAGGAAGCAGGACUACGGCCCCAAAGUCAACUUUCGGAAACAGAAGCUAAAGACCGCCGGCUUCCGGGGCCUCCCCAGCUUCAGCCGGGAGGUGGUGCGGAGAAUGGGCCUCUACCCCGUCCUGGAGGACUUCCGGCCUGUGGAGCAGUGUAACCUGGACUACUGCCCGGAGCGGGGCUCGGCCAUCGACCCCCAUCUGGACGACACCUGGCUGUGGGGGGAGCGGCUGCUAAAGAAGAUCUCAUUCAGGGAACAUCUAAAAAGUACAGAAGAGGCCAGAGAAGCACUGGGCAGGGCGGUGAUCGCACCCUGGAUGCCAAGAACAAGUGAGCCCACAGGUAUGAUGAAGACACUGUCCAGUGUGUGGUGGGGUGAAAGGCACAAGCUUUGCCCCCUCAGAGGAUCCGUCUCUCCAUCCUGCAUCCAAUAAAUGCUUCCUGAGCCCGAAGGUAAGACUGCAUUUGGUACUUAAGGAUCAAAGAUGAAAGGUGAGGAUGUCCCGUGGGGGAGUGAGAUAAGGGCAGGGGGAUUCUCAUCCAGUGAGUUAAAUGCUGCUUUAGUGGAGGGGGUGUGAGGGCUGAGGGAGUGCAGGAGGGGCUGGCUGCCUCUACUCUUGACCCAGGAGAGGGGCCCUGCUAGGGAGCCAGGACAGGGACAAGGACAUAGGUAGUGAAGGUAGCAUUGGCAAAGUGGGACCCUCCCUCAAAGACAAGACGCUGCCCACAUGGGAGCUUCUGAGAGGCAGGGCAGAAAAGCUAGCUGCAGAGGGGGUCAGGGAAACGGGGGUGGAAGGCAGGAUGCAGAGAGUACGUGGAGCCUGGAAAGUAUGACUGUGCUGGACUUGCUCUGGAGGUGCCCGGAUGCAGGGGCUUGGACAGAGCUGGUGAGGGAACAAUGCAGGCUCAGUCUGGCCUGUGUGCUCAAACGCUUGGCUGACUGGGAGGGGCAGGAGGGCCUGGUGGCCUCCAAAGGGAUGUAUGGGGUGAAGAAGAGGGAAGCACAGGGACCUUCAAUGAAUGAGAGCUGAGCUCAAAUUGGAAAGUGGAGAGCUUCAUGGGCAGUGAGGUCUGACGGUGGCCUCUGGGCCAUGGUGGCCUCUGGGCAAUAGGCAGGCCGGCCUCAGCCCUGCAGAUGUCCUUCGAGUGGCAGGGUUUGGGAAGGAAGGGCUGCCUGUCUGCUUGGAGCCUGGGUCCUGAGGCAGGCCUGUGGGUCCUGAAGACAGAGAAGCCACUUCCUGCAGAGGGAGCAGCCCAGACUGGAUUCAGAUCCAUCCGCACCCUUCCAGCCCCAGCGUCCUACCCUGGGCCAGGCCUCCUCCCCCUGCCUCCCCAACUCCAGGGGCAGAGUCUGGUCCUCACACUCCGGGGCUGGGCUCAGGCAGGGGGUGGGGUGGGUCAAGAUGGAGCCCUGCGUUUCUGUCAGGUGGCAGAGGCUCCAAAGGAUGCUCUCCUGGCUGAACCUUGUGGGUUUUUUGGUUUCAUAUAAGGGGCAGUCAGAGAAAAGAGGUCUUGUAGCAUAACAGUGAUGCUCUCUCUAAAGAUUAGCUAUUCUCCUUGGCAGGGCUGUUGGAAACAUUUCCGGGCGGUAGGUUUUGGGGUUUGCCUGUCUGAACUUCCUUUAAACAUCUGGGGCACGAGCAAUGGCGAGUGCCACGCAGAAACGCCUAUUUCUGACUCUCUUUUUGUCACACCCGUGCAGGGCGGGGGCCCAGCCCCUCCUGCUCCCCUGGGUCUCCUAGAGGAGUCCGCCUGCAUCCCUGUCCCUUCCCCUCAGGAAGCCCCAGCAGCCGCAGGACCCGCAUUCUGCCCGCACCCGCGACCUGAGUCCUCUCGGCGCCGCACCCUGCCCGGGGAGCCCGCGGGGUUGGGGUCACCUGGCCGCCUCCCAACCCCGCAGACGUCGCGCGUCCCAGGCCUGCCCAGGAGGAAGCCGGUCCCCUCCCCCGUCGAGUCUCCUGGUGCAAUUCCAGUCCCCCGCCAGACCCCCCGCGGCGAGC